ACUAUGUAGUGGAGAGUGAACGAAAUAGGACUUCAGAACGGGAUCAUGGCGGCGCCGUUUGGGCGCGACACCUUACCUGAGCAAUGGUCUUUCGGUGUCUGCGGAGAUGGCAGAGUGUUUUUCGUUCACGAUGAAACGAGCACUACUACUUGGCUCCAUCCGCGAACGGGCGAACCUGUCAAUUCCGGACAUAUGAUACGGUCAGAUUUACCUCGAGGAUGGGAAGAGGGUUUCACGGACGAAGGGGCCGGCUACUUCAUAAACCAUAACCAGAGGACCACGUCGUUCCGGCACCCCGUGACGGGACAGGUGUCUCGGGAGAACGUGGAUUUUAUCCUCCAAGAACAGCCAGGUGGCCGUAUGUCCAACCCCCAGCAGGCCGACUUGAGGCUUUCCAGCACCAUCAGCGAGGCUUCCACUGUGGACACCGCUUCGGGGUCAAAGGGCUCCAGGUCCAGUGGGAGGGUGCUACAUUUUGGGAAGCGAGAGCAGUCCAUCAAGAGGAACCCCAACGUCCCAGUGGUGGUGAGAGGAUGGCUCUACAAACAGGACAGCUCUGGGAUGAGGCUUUGGAAGAGGAAGUGGUUUGUGUUGGCUGACUACUGCCUGUUCUACUACAAAGACAGUAGGGAAGAGUCAGUCCUGGGUAGUAUUCCUCUGCCCAGCUAUGUCAUCUCAGCCGUGGAACCUGAAGACCACAUCAUCCGCAAGUACGCCUUCAAGGCCAGCCACACAGGCAUGCGCUCAUAUAUUUACAACCGGAGCUCUGUGAUUGGCUCGCAGGCGGAGCACAGCGGCAUGCGGACCUACUUCUUCAGCGCCGACACACAAGAAGACAUGAACGGCUGGGUGAAGGCCAUGAACCAGGCGGCGCUGAUGCAGAACCACACCGCCAGCCUCAAGAGACCUUCGGAAACAUCGGAGAUAUCGGAAAUGCCCAGCGUGUCAGAGCGCCAGGCAGUACCACAAACCAACCACGUCAACAACUACACUGAGACCGCCCCCCAUCCCCCAGUCGACCUCCAUCUCCAUAGCGAUGGGGUGGUCCUCCAACCGGCUGACAUCCACCGAGAAACCGAGCAGCACUGUAGCUUCUGGAACGACACUCCCAAUCCCAUUGCUUCAGAAAUUGUCCUUGGUGGUGGGAACAUGGAAAUUGAAAUGGAUGCCGUCCCUCCUAGCAGUCUCUCUCCCCUUCCACCAUACUCAGCCUCCUCAACUACAUCUGCGCCCUCCUCCAGGGCGCAAAUGCGCGCCCCGUCGUACACCACCGCAACCCUACCCCCCGGGGCCUGUCUGAGGAACGGGACACCCACCAUGGAGCCCAACGGGAUGGGGACGGGGACGUACCAGAGGGCCACCCUGCCCCCCCAGGUGAUGGAUACUCACAGGCAGGUGCAGAGGAGGAGUGCCCUGGAGCAGGUGGAACACUGGGUCAAGGUGCAGAGGGUCGAGCACAAAGGUACCCCCUCUAGAGGGAGUACCCUGCCCCACACCCCUCCGACCCAGCCCACGUUCAUCGGCCUGGAGGCCUACCAGACACUACCAAAGACCCCACGCCACAGCCCCCCCACGGCUGCACGCCACGGGGAGUACAAAUACGCCCAGGACCGCCUUAGCCACUUCCGCCUCGGACCCCCGAACUCCCAGGGUACCGUAGCCAGGGACGGGGGUGGCAUCGGUGGGCCUGGCACCGUAUGGCAGCUGUAUGAGUGGCAGCAGCGCCACCAGUUCCGCCACGGCAGCCCCACCGUCCCCCUCUACACACCUUCCCCAGACUACCCCUUCGGGCACCGGCCCCCCACGCCCCCACGGCCCAGCUCCGAGGUGCCCCGCUGUGUGUCGGUACCCCCUGAUCCCUCUGACAUCCCCCCACUGGGACCCCCACGGGGCUCCAGGGCCCUGUCCCCCCCGCGGAGGCCCCAUACGCCUGCUGACCGGGUGGUAGUAAUGCCCCUGGGAGAGAGGCCCGCGCUGGAUGUGCCUGUGGCUGGGUCCCCCCGGAGAGCCAAGUCUCAGCUGCUCAACGCUGUCACCAUCGACAGACGGUCCAUCCCUCCCUCCUGCUACAUCACACACACGGUCAGCGCGCCCAGCCUUCACGGGAAGACGCCGGAGGAACUCACCCUCCUGCUCAUUCAGCUCCGGAGGCAUCAGGCAAAGAUGGCCUCCGCGCGCCACCACACGGUAACCCAGAUGCAGCACUUCAACUACAGCCCCUCUGGCCCCCACCUCCGCCCCACCAACAACAACCCCCUCUUCUCCUCCGGCCCUUCUUCUCUGGGGUCCUUACUAGGCCCCCCAGGCCCCAUGGGCCGCAGUAGCAGCAACCAGGUGGGGGCCCCCAGUACACCUGGCCUUCUUUACCCCACUGAUGUUGACGAUACUUACAUGCAACUGAAGAAGGACCUGGAGUAUCUAGACUUGAAGAUCAAAAGUUUAGAGCCGUUGAUCCUCAUGGCUCACAGUGUGCUACUGCACUGCACUGUCGGGCCACUAUGGAACGUGGUUGGAAGUCAGUCGUUGAAAGAAGCGACGAAACCUGUCAAAAUAGCUGAGAGUGACGUUGAUGUGAAACUCAGUGGGUUAUGUGAGCAGGACAAGAACCUGAAGGAUCUGGAGGUCCAGAUCAGCUCUCUGAAGAACAAUAAGGACAAGCUGGAGUCGGUUCUGGACCUGUCCCGCCAACAGAUGGAGCAGUACAGAGACCGGCCGGCCCACCUGGAAAAGAUAGCCUACCAGCAGAGACUCCUACAGGAGGACGUGGUGCACAUCAGGGCCCAGAUCUCCAGAGUGUCCACGGAGAUGUCCCGGGCCUGGGAGGAGUACAGCAGGCUAGAGAGCUCAGUGGAACAGCUGAGGACCGCGCUACAGACCACCAUGAACUACAGCACCACCUCUCAGCGGGAGAAAUCGGAGAUAAAGCGGGAGCUGUGGAGAAUGGAAGACGUGAUGGCAGGGCUGAGCGCCAGCAAAGCCAACUACAAGAUCACCAUCAACUCAGUGCAGAACCCAGAGAGGAAACUAGUGCCUUCGGUGUUGGACCCUGCAGUGCCUUCCCAGUGCCCUACACCCCCACUAGGGGAGGUUGGGCCCCCUCCUCUCAGCUCCUACAACCCUGUGCCAAAGUGGGCAGAAGAUGAGGCUCCUCCCAGGCCGCCCCUGCCCCGCCUUUACGACUAUGAAGACCCGCCCCCCACCAUCCCACCCCUCCCCAAAGAGGCAGCAGCGGUCGUAAGACACACGUCGGUUCGAGGGCUCAAACGCCAGUCAGACGAGCGGAAGAGAGACCGUGAGGUCGGAGGGUGUGUCAACGGAGACUGUAAGGUGGAGCUGCGGUCGUACCUCAGUGAACCAGAGCUGCCGGGGAUGGGCCGGAGCAGCAUAGGGUCUGAGGGGGGCUACCAGACCCUCCCAAACAAAGGUCUGUCAGGCUCAUCGUCGCAGCUGAACCAAUCCAGUAAUAUCUCCUCCUACGUGACCCUAAGGAGAGGAGUGGCUGGCUCAGCAGGGAGGGAGAGACCUAAGAGUGCCUUGGAGCAGCUGUACUCUUCCGACCAGCAGCCCCAGUCUUUGGCCCAGGCCCCCCGGAGCCGCAUGAGUGCUGAGGAGCAGCUGGAGCGUAUGAAGAGACACCAGAGGGCCCUGGUCCGCGAGCGCAAGAGGAACCUCAGCCAGGGAGAACGUCACUCCACCACCCAUCGUUCCUCAUCCACUACCAGGCCUCUCUCCUCCACUGACCUGGGCUCAUGGAGGCGAGAGCAGCAGGACUUUGAUUUGCAGCAGGAGCAGAAAGCUCAGGUGGUGGAGCGACUGGGUGCCGAGGGCCAGAGCGACGAGGGGCGCAGAGAGCUGAAGGAAAGGGAGAGGAUCCAAUCAGAUGAGUGGCUCACGGUGAUGGCCACGCCCAUGAGGGGGACUGACAUGGAGCCCCUCGACUACGACCUGAACCUCAGUCGUGAGCUGUCCAAGCCCCAGAAGGUGCCUAUCUCAGAGCGCUAUGUGGAGUCAGACCCCGGGGAGCCUCUGAGCCAGGAGCAGAUGGAGGAGCGUCAACGCAGAGCAGAACGCAUCAUAAACAUCCUGGCCAAAUCCAAUGUUCAGAACACACAUCCGUUGUCUGGUGUGGCUGUCCCACUGGACUUCACUGAUCUGGACCGAGCCAUGCAGCAGCAGAAGAGGAUUAUGAAUGUGUCUCACGCCUUGGCCUCUGAAGCCUCCAUCAAGAGCAAGCAGUUCACAGCCAAAGCUCAGCUGAGCACUGACUGACCAUUGACACAGACGCCAAGACACCGACAGGACAUCUGUGAAUGAAAAUAGUUGAUGGGCAAAGGAUCUAAUACUAAUCAUUUUCAGCAAUUAAUGCCAGAGUGAUGUUUUAUAAUACUUUUUAUUGGAGUUAUUCGAAACUCAACAAGAGCAUUGAAACUGUGCGUGUACCUAAUGUUAAGUUUGAAUUGGAGUUGUGUUUUGCACUUUAAUGUUGUGUGUAAUUGUUAACACUAAUAGUUUUUGCAACAGAAUCAUUAGCUGUGUUUUUGAAGUGUGGUCUAUAUUUCUAAAAAAAAGUUCUAAGCAAUGUUUUAUAGGUCGUUGAGAUGGAAAUGUAAUUAUGACAUGAAUGAUAUAUUUAUUUUAUUUUGACUAAUGAAAGACAAUCUUGCACCAAAUUACAACCUUUGUAGCUCCGCACUGCCAUGUAACGCUUUUGCCAAUCAACUGUAUUGUAUUAUGUGUCAUUUAAAAGGGAAAUAAACCAUAAUGAUGUUUUCUGGAAAUAAAGGUUUAAACAAAA